AUGACAAGUUCGAAUAAAGCUCGUCGUUAUCUACAACAUCAUAAGCAGCACUUCGCAGAAUCAAAUAAUAAUCAACAUUCAGUUACACAAUUACUAGUCACCGAUUCAACAUCAUCUACUAUUACAAUGCGUAAAUUUAAAGGUAAAACUCAACAACAACAAUCAUCAAUACCAGUAUCAAUACCACAAAUUUGUGUUAAUAACAAUGAUGAUGAUGAUGAUGAUGAUAAUAAUGAUAACGAUGAUAAUCGACAUGUUUCUAUACUUAAUGAAUUUGAUCAAGUUUUAGAAAAUGAAUUAAAACGUACAUCAAUUUCACGUACAUUAUCACUUAAAAAAAAUGAAUCAUUAGGACAUAUGGAAAUACCAAUAAAUCAACAGCGAAGUUUUUCAUUUGCACUUGGUUCAAAAACAAAUUUACAUGAAGAAAAACAUGAUAAUAAUGAAUCAAUGAAUAUAUUAUCAUCUAAGAUAAGAAAACUAUCGGCAACAUCGAAGUCAAGCUUGUCAAAAGAGACAUUUUCACGUCUAUUUCAAUCACUAACAUUUCGCUCGGGGAAUCAUUCAAUGUCAAAAAUAUCACUUACAAAACCGGAUUUUAAAUAUCAACAACAUUCAUGUCUAGCUUGUCAAAAUUAUCCUAAUCUUGAUGUAAUAUCUAAAAAUAAAAAACGUCCAUCAAUAUUUGGUGUUCUUGUUUCAAAACUUAAUACAUCAUCAUCAUUAUCAACAGCAACAAUAACAACAACAUCAUCUGAAAAUACAUCUAAAUGUUGUUCAGUAUGUAAAAGACCUUUAUUAAAAUCAAUUUCAAAUAAUGAUGAUAAUCAACAAUUAUCAUUAUCAAAAAAUCUUCAUGAUCAAAAACAAUUAUUUUCACGUACUAAAAGACGUCGUAGUCUACCAUCAUUAUUACAUAAUCUUAUAGAACCAUCAUUAUCAUCAUCAUCUGCACAACAUCGUCCAUCAUUUUCAACAGUAUCAAAUCAUAUUUUACUUGAUAAUGUCAACCGUGAACAUCAACAACAAUCAUCAACAUUAUCUCAAUCAUCUACUUCAUUAACAGAGUCAGAUGAUAGUAGUGAUCAUAAUAAUACCAAUAAUAAUUCAUUUCAACAGCGACAACACAUCAAUUAUGAUGAUUCAUCUCAACUAACUGAAAAAUAUGGCAAUAAAGAUGAAAAUGACAAUGAGAUUGUAUUUGACUGUGGUGAAUCGCAUAAUUCAAAUAUUAUAUAUAGUAACGAUGUAACAAAUGAACAUAAUACUAAUCAGCAAUUUUUACAUCCUCCCGAAGAAAAAACUCGUAGUUUAUUAGUUAAUGUUUUUCGUACACGUCGAUCAAAUGUUAUUUUAGAUUCAAAUGAUACAAAUAUGAUUGGUAAACAAUUAAGUACUUCAGUUAUUAAUCUAGCUACAUCAAUGGGAAUAAAUCGUCGAAAUAGUGCAAUAUCAACAAUAUAUGAAAAAACAACAUUUGAUCAACGAAAAAAAUAUGCUAUAUCAGAAGAAAAUUUACUAUCAAUUGAUAAUACUUACAUUUAUUUUAAUAAUAUUAAUGGACAAAGUUUUAAAGAACAACUUAAAUAUUCAACUAUAUCUGAAAAUACAACUUUACGAGAAAUGUUAAUAAAACUUUUCAACAAAUAUAAUCUUUCAAUUGAAACAUAUAAUAUUUGUUUACGAAGUGCACCUACAUUACCAUUAUCCUUGGAUCAACCAGUUAAACAUCUUCUAUUGGAUGAUCUUGUUGUUACAGGUAUCAAAAAAAAAAUUGAUUAUGCAAUUUCUUCCUUCCUUCCUAAUUAA